AUGUCUGACGAUGAACACCACGAAACUUUCGAAGCUGCCGGUGCCGGUGCUUCCAAGACCUUCCCUAUGCAAUGUUCCGCUCUUCGAAAGAACGGUCACGUAGUCAUCAAGGGAAGACCUUGUAAGAUCGUUGAUAUGUCUACCUCUAAAACCGGAAAGCACGGUCACGCCAAAGUCCACCUUGUCGCCAUCGAUAUCUUCACUGGAAAGAAACUCGAAGAUAUCUCUCCCUCCACCCACAACAUGGAUGUUCCCAACGUUAAAAGACAAGAAUUCCAACUUCUUGAUAUCCAAGAUGGUUUCCUCAACUUGAUGGACUCUGACGGUAACUCCAAAGACGACGUCAAAGUUCCCGACACCGAACUCGGUCAACAAAUUGAAUCUGACUUCGAAGCUGGUAAAGAUCUCAUGGUUACCAUCAUCUCCGCUAUGGACGAAGAACAAGCUAUCUCUUACAAGGAAGCUCCUCAAGGUGCUUAA